AAGCUGUUUAAAAUUUUCAAAAGUAGACAACCUAUGUAUAAAAAGUCUGUCAUGUUUUUCAUCAUUAAAAAGUUUUUAGGAAAAGUUAUAAAUGUAAUAUAUUGUAAAAAAAUAUGAUAUAGCUUCUCAGAAAAGUUAUCAAUCAGGAGAAAUGGGCAUUCAUGGUGAUAUUAAGGUUUUAGUUACAUCUUCGAGCGAUAGUGAUCUGGUUAUAAAAACAUUUACCUGGCGUUGGUUAAUAUUAGCAUUAUAUAGUAUAACAGCGUUUUCAAAUACAUUUGUAUGGUUGAGUUUGUUUACUGUUCCUGAUAUAAUAUGUGCUUUUUACCAAAUUGAUAAAAAAGUAUUUUUUUGGUCAAAUAAUGCUUUUACUCUAAUGCAACUUUUUGUCGCAGUUCCAGCAUCACUUUUGCCUUCUAAAAUUGGUUUGCGUCGCACAAUGAUUUUGGCAUCGUCUGUUAAUGCAAUUGGAGCAAUUAUUUUAAUAGGAGGAGCUUAUCGAAAUGGUUUUCCAUAUUUUGUCACUGGUCAAACUAUAAUAGCCAUAGGUGCAAGUAUAUUACCACAAUUAGCACCUGAGGUUUCUGCUGUUUGGUUUAGUGAACGUGAGCAAGCUAUAAGUACUAGUCUUGGUGUUAUUCUUGGAAAUGCUGGAGCUGCAGUUUGUUUUUUACAACCUGCAUUACUACUAAAAAAUGUGAAUCUGGUUACUGAAAUGUUUUUUAUUGAUAGGAAAAUCAAACAGUUAGUUUAUUCACAAUCUGCUGUAUGCUGUUGUCUUUUUUUACUAAUAAUGAUGUUUUUUAAAGAUAGACCAAAAAACCCUCCAUCAAGAUCUGAAGCUAAGAGAAUAACUGCUGAUAAACUAACCAUAAAAGUUCUAAAAGAACAGUACAAAGUUCUUUUCAAAGAUAAAAAUUAUCAUCUAUGUGGAAAUUCAUAUGCACUAAACAGUGUUAUAAUUAUAGUUACACCUGGUUUUCUUAAUGAAAUUUUAUCUUGGAAAUUCCAAAAUCAAUAUAUUGCAAUAGGGUGGUUAGGAUUCGGAGGAAUUCUCAUCGGUAUAUUAGGAAGUAUUGUGUUUGGUAUAAUACUUGAUAAAACUCACGCUUAUAAAACAAUAUCAAUAUUUUUAGCGACUGCAAGUUUAUUGUUUUGGAUAGGUUUUACAGAAUCUUUAGCCCAAUAUAAUAGUAUGGUAUUAACUUUUACAUUAUUUAUGAUUAGUGCUUUUUUUUUUAUUUCCUUUGGACCAAUAUUAGUUUCACUGAUAGCAGAAAUGACAUACCCAAUAUCGGAAAGCUCAUCAUAUUUAUUUCCAAUUACAUUAGGACGAUUUUAUAGUAUUCCUUUUGUGUUUUAUUGUGGAUGGCUUGUUGCAGUAAAAAAGGUGCAUGCUGUUUGUUUAAGCAUUGCUGUUCUUCUUGCUACCUGUUUAAUUUUAAUUAUAUUUGUAAAAGUUGAACAAAAAAGAAAGAAAGCAGAUAAAAUUCUCACAAUAACAAGUACUUCAGAAACCUAAUUUACUGCUUUUUUAAUUGGAAUAAAAAAGAUUGCAAGCAAUCUUUUAAAUUUUAAAAUUAAAGUUAGGUUACAUUAUAGUUAAAGUUAAAUAUAUAUAUGUAUAUAGUUUUAUCAUUAGUUUAACUACACAAAUUAUUU